CUCGAGACAUAAAGGAACAACACCGGCGGAAUGAUCAGAACAGUUAAACCUAAGAAUGCUCGUUCCAAGAGAGCGCUGAAGAACAAAGAGUCUAAGCUUGUUGAGAACACCAAGACUGCUCUUUUUGUACCAGGAUCUAACAGCACGAAGCUAUUACACGAUGUUAUGGUUGAUCUAAGCGCCUUGAAGAAGCCAGAUAUCAAGCGUUUCUCGAAGAAGAACGAUAUCAGACCGUUUGAAGAUGCAUCCAAGCUGGAGUUCUUUUCAGAAAAGAACGACUGUUCUUUGAUUGUGUUUUCCAGCAGUACGAAGAAGAGAAGAAACAACCUCACCUUCAUCAGAACCUUUGGGUAUAAGAUUUACGAUAUGAUUGAGCUCAUGGUUAUGGACAACUACAAAUUGCUCCAAGAUUUCAGAAAGACCACCUUCACCCUUGGACUCAAACCGAUGUUUACCUUUAACGGGUCAGUUUUCGAAACUCAUCCGGUCUAUCAGCAUAUCAAGUCUUUGUUCCUUGAUAUGUUUAGAGGUGACACCACAGACUUGCAAGAUGUUGCUGGGUUGCAGUAUAUAAUUUCCAUCACCGCUGGUGACUACGAAGAGGGCCAACCUUUACCUCAGGUUCAUUUCAGAGUGUACACGUUAAAGACCUUCAAGAGUAAUCAAAAGGUGCCAAGGGUUGAGCUUAACGAGAUUGGGCCAAGAUUGGACUUCGCCGUUGGUAGACGUGAGGCUCCAGCAGCAGAGAUGGAGAAGGAGGCUAUGAAGAAACCAAAACAACUCCAACAAAAGACGGUCAAGAACGUUGAGACCGACUUGAUGGGUGAUAAGUUCGGUAGAGUUCACGUUGGUAAACAGGAUUUGAACAACUUACAGACGAGAAAGAUGAAGGGUUUGAAGAAGAGAUACGACCAAGUUGGCGAGGACUUUGACGAUCCAGUCUACGACGAUGAACCUGAAGAGCCUGUCACCAAGAAGGCCAAGAUAUAAAUCUGAAGAAGAUGAGA